CUGAGCGAGGCCAGCCUUCGCAUCAGCCGGAGCCUCGACCUCGACACCGUUCUGCAAGGGGUCAUAGACGGCGCCUGUUCGCUGACCAGGGCCCGCUAUGGCGCGCUGGUGGCCUUCGACGACUCCGGGGGCAUAGAGACCCUCAUCACCUCCGGCAUCACCCCCGAAGAACGCCCGCGGUUUGGGGACUUGCCCAAGGGCCUGGGGCUCCUCCAGUACCUGAACGAGAUCGAGGGACCGCUGAGACUGGCGGAUAUCUCCAGCCACCCCAGGUCGGUCGGCUUUCCUGAGGGCCACCCGCCGAUGAGAACCUUCCUGGGGACCCCGGUCCUUCAUCAGGGCGAGAGCCUCGGCAACAUCUACCUGACCGAGAAGGAGGGCGGCCGGGAGUUUACGCCGGAUGACGAGGAAUCCCUGGUCAUGUUCGCCUCUCAGGCGGCGGUCGUCAUCGCCAACUCCCGCCGAUACACGGAGGAGCAUCGGGCCAAGGACUACCUGGAGGCCCUGGUCAACACCGUGCCCGUGGGCGUCUCGGUCUUUGACGCGAAGACGGGUGACCUGGUGUCGCUCAAUCAGGAGUCGAGGCGGAUUGUCCGCGGGCUCCGCGCACCGGGUCGUAGCCAGGCGGAAAUCCUCAGCGUGUUGACCUUCCGGCGUCCGGAUGGACGUGAGAUUCCGCUCGCGGAAAUGCCAACGGAAAGGGCGCUGAAAAGCGGCGAGACCGUGCGCGCCGAGGAGAUCAUCAUUCAGCUCCCGGACGGCCAGGCGGUCACUACUGUCGUAAACGCCACUCCAAUCUUCUCGCGGGAGGGCGCGGUUGUGUCCGUCGUCGCCACCGUGCAGGACAUGACGCCGCUGGAAGACCUGGAGCGGCUGCGAGCCGAGUUCUUGGGCAUGGUGAGCCACGAGCUGCGGACGCCGCUCACCACCAUCAAAGGCUCCGCCGCCACCUUGCUGACCGCCUCGUCCACGCUCAGUCCCGCCGAGAUGGGCGACUUCUUCCGGAUCAUCGACGAGCAGGCGGACCAUAUGCGCGGCCUGAUCAGCGACCUUCUCGACGUGACGCGGAUCGAGGCGGGUUCAUUGUCGGUUACUCCCGAACCCACGGUUGUGGCGGCCCUGGUGAACCAGGCAAGGGAGGUGUUCCUGCGCGGCGGGGCAAGGAACAGCAUCGAGGUCGACCUCCCGCCGGACCUGCCCCGGAUCGGGGCCGAUAGACAGCGCAUGAUGCAGGUCCUGACCAACCUUCUCUCCAACGCGUCCAAGUAUUCGCCCGAUCAGUCCGCCAUCAGAGUGAGCGCAUCGGUGGAGGACGUGUACGUCGCCAUCUCCGUCUCUGACGAGGGGAGGGGCGUAUCCGCCGAGCGCCUGCCCCACCUCUUCAGGAAGUACUCCCGGAUCGACAGCGAGACCUGGGCCGGCAUCUAG